GUCAGUGUUGUGGCUGCCAUUUUAUUCUGUUUUUCUGUGAGAGUUAACCUCAAAAGAUGGUGUUUUCUUUAAUCGCAAGAGGAGGAAAUUGGCUAAGGACGGCUUGGGUGACUCAACCUAUAUUAUUUGUAUCCUGUGCCAUGGGAUUUGCUGGACCAUUAAUAGUGUACUUCAGUCCAUUAACAGCUUCAGCAAUAGAAUCAAUGAAAACCAUACCAGAACAUUAUCCAUAUCCUCAACUACAAGAGACCAAUGGUGGAGCACUAAAUAAUGAUGAACCUGUCUACCCAGACUCACCUUGAUAUCUAUGUUCAUCAGCCGUCUGUUGUAUAUUCCAGUUACUGACUUUGAUGUAUUGGUGUUUUAUUAAGAAUUGAAAUAUUAAAUAUUGUAAUGUUUUAUGA